UAAAUAUACAAGUGCAUCAGUUGAGGAGCUCAGAGAGAUAAUGGCUGUUGUCGAGUCGCUGCUGCAGUUUCCCAGCACAGGUACAUUACUGGGAGCUUUGCUGAUGCUUCUGGUUUUGUAUUUGCUUUCCUCUGGAUCCAAAUCUCAGAAAGAAGGGAAAGAGCCACCGGGACCCAAACCACUGCCGCUGCUGGGGAACCUGCUGACCCUUGACCUCACGAGACCUUUUGACACCUUUUUUGAGCUGUCUAAAACCUACGGGAACAUAUUCCAAGUGUUUUUUGGUCCCAGAAAAACUGUGGUCCUAGUUGGAUACAAAACUGUCAAAGAAGCUCUUGUGAACCAUGCAGAAGAGUUCGGCGACAGAGAUAUUGGACCUGGUUUCAGGAUAAUGAAUGACGAGCAUGGGAUCCUGUUUUCCAAUGGAGAGAACUGGAAAGAGAUGCGACGCUUCGCUCUCAGUAACCUGCGGGACUUUGGGAUGGGCAAGAGAGGAAGUGAAGAGAAAAUCAUAGAGGAAAUUCAGUAUCUGAAAGGAGAGUUUGAUAAGUUUGAAGAGAAACCCUUCGACACGACACAGUCUGUGAACUAUGCUGUGUCAAACAUCAUCUCAUCUAUCGUGUACGGCAGCAGAUUUGAAUACACAGACCCUCGAUUCACUGAAAUGGUCGACAGAGCAAACGAAAAUAUUCGGGUUGGUGGAUCAAUUUCUAUGUGGCUUUACAACACAUUUCCAUGGUUGGGUCCAUUCCUGAAAAACAAAAGGAUUAUUGUAGACAAUAUUAUCCAAAGUAGACAACAGAUGACGAAGUUGAUCAAUGCGCUUCUGGAGACUCUGAAUCCACACGACCGCAGAGGAUUUGUUGACUCCUUUCUCAUCCGCAAACAGCAUGACGAGAAAUCCGGCAAGAAGGACUCAUAUUUUCAUGAGAAGAACCUUAUGAUGUCGGUGACAAAUCUCUUUGUCGCUGGUACUGACACCACAGGAACGACUCUGCGCUGGGGUCUGAUGCUUAUGGCCAAAUACUCUCAUAUACAGGAUCGAGUUCAGGAGGAGAUUGACAGAGUGAUCGGUGGACGUCAGCCAGUGGUGGAAGACAGAAAGAAAUUACCAUACACAGAUGCUGUGAUUCAUGAAACUCAAAGACUGGCCAACAUAGUACCUUUGAGUCUACCACAUAUAACCAGCUGCGAUGUUACCUUCAAUGGAUACUUCAUCAAGAAGGGCACCACUGUAGUUCCUCUGCUGACGUCUGUUUUGAAGGAUCCAAGCGAAUGGGAAAAACCAAACAGCUUUUACCCAGAACACUUCCUUGAUAAGAAGGGCCAGCUCAUCAAGAGAGAUGCUUUCAUGCCCUUUUCUGCAGGACGCAGGAUGUGUCUUGGAGAGGGUUUGGCCAGGAUGGAGCUUUUCCUGUUCUUUACCUCCCUUCUUCAGAGCUACCGCUUCACAACUCCACCUGGAGUGUCUGGAGAUGAUCUGGAUCUCAAAGGAGUAGUAGGAAUAACUUUGAAUCCAUCCCCACAUAAGCUGUGUGCGAUCAGACGCUCCUGAAUGAAGAAAAUAUCAGCAGUCCUUAAAAGAUUACGGAAACCAACCCUCUCAGCUCGUUUCAGUAUGAGUUGGAUGAUUUCUGCUUUUUUUUUUACUUAUUAUUUUGAGUAAAUGUAUAUAUGUAAAUAAGCAAAGUGUGAAACCAACCACUUCUGACUUCUGUAAAACUCAGAUAAAUAAAAGGUUGUAAUAGGUCUAUAGGAAUAAAACAUUUUGAGGCUAUUUGCUAGAUUAUAUUUCAUUGAAUGCUGUUACUGAUUGUUUGGGGAAGUAAAAAGUUGUUAUA